UUGAUGAACUACAGUUGGGCUGAUGCAAGAGUGCUAGGAGUCGCAGCACGUUUACUGUACGGUCGGUAGUAAGCUAAGUAGUAUUUCUGUUUUUAUCGGUUAAUUACUGGUUGCAGUGUACUGUUUAUCUCAGUACAAUGCCUCACGUUUAUACUGGUUCAGCCUGUUGUAGUGCCAUUGUUGCGGCCUCGCAUAUACUUAGUAAACCCGUGCUUUUACAAACCGGUCUCCAAAGCUGUCAGUGUCCAAAACUUCGCCACCUUAGUGCGCUGUCAGGACAGUCCGCCGGUAGUGACAGUGGUCUCUCGUGCCAACAUGGCAGUGCCAACGGUUGUAGCGUUCGCCACAGCAGUACUACCGCCGGUCGCAAAGAGGAGGAGGAUGGCGGAGUCCGUUUUCAACGCCCAGAGUCCCCAACGGCAGUAAGGAGUGCUGCGCAGAUGGCAAGCCGUUCGCUUAUUUACCGGGAUGUGCGGACUCUACUUACCCAAGUCGGUGGGGACCCCCGGGAAGCACGGUACUGGCUCACACAGUUCCAAAACAGCAAUACUGCCAACAAUCAGCCUUUUGCAGUUGUGCAGGUUGACGAAGAAGUUUUCAGCAGUAAGGAAGCUCUGUACAAUCUUUCAUUUGGCCUCUCAUUUCUCCAGCGAAUGGAUAUGAAGCCCAUUGUGAUACUCGGCCAGGACAUCCAGGAGGACAUUGAGGGAUCCUUGUGUUCUGUUUCUGAAGCCAAAGCACAGCUUGUGAAAAACUGUAAAAUUCUAACGGAUUCCUUGCAAAGGAACUCUGCUUCAGUCAUUCCAUUCUUUAAUGGAGGCUCAUUACUCCAUGUUAACGAGGAGCCUUCCUCCUACAGCAUAGGGUCUACAGUAACCGUGGAAAUGGAUCUGUUACGAUGGAGCUUGGAAUCAGGAAACAUUCCUAUUAUUUGUCCCAUUGGAGAGACUCCAAGUGGGCAAUCUGUUCUCCUGGAUUCUUUGGAUGUAACUGGUGCCAUUUCUAGAACACUGAACCCUCUAAAAGUUAUGUUCCUCAACAACACUGGCGGUAUUAGAGAUCCUAAUAAAAAGGUAAUCUGCCAGGUGAAUCUCCCUGCAGACAUAAACCUGUUGACAAACGCGAGUUGGAUGAACAACAAAGUAUGGAAACAGUCAAAGCUUAUAGUUGACCUUCUAAACCAUUUGCCUGUGGAUUGUUCAGCAGUGAUAACAUCUGCUGAAACACUCCUAACAGAGCUGUUUAGUCACAAAGGUUCAGGAACAUUGUUCAAAAAUGCAGAGCCGAUUCGCAGAUAUAAAAGCUUAGAUGAAUUAGAUCUUGAUCGACUGAAAUCUCUGAUCAACAAAUCCUUUGGGAAGAGCUUAAGAGAAGAUUACUUCAGUGCCAUUGAAAACAAGUUGCAUUCUAUCUAUUUAUCUGAAGGAUACAGUGCAGCAGCCAUCAUCACCCUGGAACCCAUUUUUGGAGGCAUACCUUAUUUGGACAAGUUUGUCAUCAGCAGCAGUAAACAAGGCCAGGGAGCCAGUGAGAUGUUAUGGGAGUGCAUCCGUCGGGACUUGAAUCUACUCUUCUGGAGAUCCCGGGUCACUAAUCGUAUUAAUCCAUGGUACUUCAAACACUGUGAUGGUAGUUUCACAAAUGGGGAGUGGAUUGUUUUCUGGCUUGGGCUGUCAGACAUACGUCAGUCUUAUGAACUGGUAGAUCACGCAAAAAGCCUUCCAGAUUCGUUUUUUAAACCAGGAACUCUUCCACAGGAGUCUGUUUCUUCUCAGCAGUAAACAUGCAAGCUGGAUUAAGGAAUACUUGAAUACUGAACAGCUGGGCACUUAACAGUUCUGUUUCUGUGACCUUCAAAGAAGAACCAGUUCAACAUAAAGGACAAUUAAGCCUAAACCUUAGAAAAAAGUUAUAUAGCACUAAAGUACUGUAUAGUUUUUAUGUUAAAUGUAUUUAUUUAAAAAAAAAAACUAAUUUGUUUUUUAUGUCUCUUCAAACAAGUUACUGGCAGAGUACCAUUGCAUUUGCUUCAUUGGACUAGUACAAGGCAUUUGCAUUUUGUGUGUUAAAAAGUGAACAGUGAACAAUGAAGUCAGAUUGUUUUCAUUAGGGUCAGGCAGUUGUAACUUUUGUCUGGAACUGUCUAUAUUUAGAUAUAUGCUUUAAGGGGCUCUUCAGUAGUCUCUUGCAGUAUACAAAUUUUUUGAACUGUGAUUAUUAGCAUGUUUCUGAAGUUAGUAUGACUAAAUGAACUGUUGCCUUUAUUAGUUCAGCACUCUUUGAGACACUGCUUAUACUGGAGUUUGUUCCAGUAUUUACGGUACCAAAGACUCUAAAUGAUAAUAUACAAGAAUACAGUUCAAUUUAAAUGUUCCAGAGUUUUCUGGCACUUUCCACAAUGGUGUAAAGUAACUUGAUCAAAUACUGGAGCCCAUAGAUUUUUUUAAUGACUCUGUGGAAUAUGAACUGAUGAGCUUCAUUUUGUACUGUAUUAUAAAAUGGUAUGUAAACUGUA